CGCGUGUUGUUCAGUUGGUGAGGAAUCAGAUCGGCGUAGACGUCUGCCCAAACGGCAGUAGAUUUUUUUUUUACUUUUUGACAAAAAAAAAAUCAGAAAAAUUUUCAAUUUUUUUAUCAACUUUGUUUUAUAAGGUUGAUAAUCAGUUCAGAAUCUUGUUACAUUGAACUGAUUGCUUGACAAGUAGUAGUAAACAAAAAGUCAAUAAAAAUGGAUAACACUGUUCUUCCCGAUUUUCGAGUCUGGAUUUCGCCCCCAGUGGUACUGGGUGAAAGAAUGGAAAAAUUACUCGGUACUGCUUUUGAGUUAGGGUUUGAUCUGAAAUUCGACGAAGGUGCAGCACAGAUAGAGUUGCAGCGAAUAAAUAACAACGAGGCGGCGGAAGUGGAGGCAGCAUCGGCGGCACCUGCACCCGUGCCAGAAAAUCAGGUAAUGGUGGUGAACAAUGCCAACGUAGAAAUGGGGAACAAUGACGACGUCGAAAUGGAGGACAAUGACAAUGUCGAAAUGGAGGAACCAAUCAACGAGAAUUUGCUUGGAUACGAUUUCAAAAGUGGUCCAAGUCGUCUGAUCUCUGGAGAUGACCGGUACAAAGAACACAUGGAUCGUGCCAUAAAGAAGGACUGGCAAUUUGCAGAGGAAUAUCGUGAUCAUCAUAUGCGUCGGUUGGGUGUUGAUGAGCAAACUUUUGGCAGGCUUCAGAAAUUAAUCAGCCCAACAUCUGCAUCUGUUCGAGGAGAAGCGUUCCAAGAUAAUCCGCUUGUUGCAGGGUCAGCUCCGCCCAUACUGAUUCCACCAGUUCCAGACGCCGACCGGGUGAAGCUCAAAUCGGUUACAGUCCUUUUUUGUAACAGCAAUCCACGAUCAACUAUUUGGAAAUCUAACAAUGUUCAACAAAUACUUGAUGAUGAUGUAGCGUUUCUUGCAAAACAAAAGGAAUGCAAGCAUACACUAAAUGACCGAAUCACUGGAAACCUACGAUUGUUGGAUAAUACGAAAGAUUUCAUUAUUGAAGUGAACGUGUGCCAUGGCCGAAAUCCGGAAGAAACUUUGCCCACGGAUGUGAAAGUGGUCGCCGAACCAAAAACGCUCUACAAGCUGAAUCUUCUCGGGACCAAUACUGUAGCUGAUCUACGCAAUGCUAUCCAUUGUGAUAAUGAGUUGGCUGCAACUGGCGAAGUCCAGUCUCCCGAUGAUAUUGCUCUUCCUCACAAUAACAUUUUGAAGGACGAAACCGCAGAAUGGAUUCUACUCUUGGGUGACACGAUUUACAGUGACAACGGCGAAGAAGGUCCCUCUCCUAGCUUGCUGAAAUGGGCUGCUGAAUAUCCACCCAAAAACUUGGGACCUUUCAACAAGGGGAAAAAUGAUACAAUGUUGAAAGAUUUGGUCCUUCGAUUGGGAUAUCCAUACGUAUUCUGUCAUAUUGACAAGUGUGAGCAUAUCAUUGUUUUCAAACGAGCUCGGGUUGUUAAAAAAACAGACGAACAACGGAUUGAAAAGUAUCCUGUGGCGUGCAAUCUUCCAUGUCUGAGGAACACUUACUGUCAGGUGGACAACGAUCACAUGGCCAAUUGGUGCGUCAAGGGCUGCUCAAUAUUUGCAGAGGAUCCCUCCUACUUUUGCACUUACUGUUUGCGAAAACUUUGCUACAAUCCAGAUGGUACUAAGAGGAUGAAUUUUCAAUUGUUUCCGUUUCGACAGUUGGCAAAUGAAGUAUGAAAUUAUUUAUCGAGCGUUUUCUGUAAUCUCACCUCGGCGUCUAUUCUCCUGUUUUAUGUUUUUUAAAAAAUAUAAAUACUGAUUCAGACAUAUUUAAUUAGUUAUAAGGAGUAAUCUCACCUCGCAGGCUAUGCUCCUAUUUAUGUUUUUUAAUAAAAAUUGAAAAAAAGUGUAAUUAGUUAAAAAGUGUAAUUAGCAGUAUAGAUGGAUUAUUAAUUAGAAUUCAACUUUAGCACAUUGUUAUGUAGUGGUUGUGAGCUAAUAAAACUCGCUUUCUUUAUAAUA